AUGAUAUCCCCAGUUCGGAGCAAAAGAUCAUCCUUAACCUUCCUUCUCGCAAUUUUUCUGUUCCUGAGUUUGAUAUAUCUGAAAUUUCGACCUCGUUACUUUUCUAUCUCAACUUAUACUCAACCGACAUACUCAUCAUGCGGAAAGAAGAUCGAGGAUACUGAUUUUUCUCCGUCCGCACUUGUAUGCCGGAUCAAAAAAGCACAAACACAUGCUCGUGAGGAUCUCAGAGCCCAGUCCACAACACCAGAGGAGGCAGUGAUCGAAUAUAAACGUCGAUAUAACCGAGACCCUCCAAAAGGGUUCCAUGACUGGGUCCGAUUUUCUCUCGAUCAUGAUUCCCUGAUUAUAGACGACUUUGACCAGAUUGAUCGUGAUCUGGAGUUGUAUCGCACACCUGAGGCUCGUCAAGCAUUCAACUUAAUGAAUGAGCAAAGGGAAAAUUGGCCCCAAACCAGGCGUCUGACAGUACGUGAUGGAGUGAUGUAUGGUUCAGCGGAGUACAUGUAUGACGAUCAAUGGAAAAGCCUAGUCGAGCCAUUUAUCCAUGCAUUACCCAACAAUAGUCUCUUUUAUAUGAGUACGAUUGAUGAGCCACGUAUACUCAGCACUUCUGGAGAAAAGCCAUCUCAGAUUCACUUCAAAGAACAGUCCGCUCAAUCGAUCGAACACAUUGUGAAGGAUUCAUGCAGCCAAAUUCCUCGCGAGUUGACUAGCCGACUCGGCCAUGAAAAGGACGUUUGCCAGUUUUCCAAUCCAGGGGAGCUUCAUGGGCUCAUUGCAUCGCCAAGUUCGUUCUCAUAUUCGCACUCGCCAGCUCCAAUUCUCAGCUUUGGACGAAUGUCUGCAUUUCGAGAUAUUCUGAUCCCUUGCCCGUGCUACGUCAAACAUCCAUUACUCGAGGCAGACUCGAUUCCGUUUCUAGAGAAGAAGCCCGGGCUGUACUGGCGAGGAUCAUCUACAGGCGGAAAUGCUUCGCGCUUCAACUGGAUGUAUGGACACAGGGCGCGUUUUGUCGCAUUCAUUCACUCCCUUCAAGAUGCGGCCAAAGUCUUUGAUGUAGGACGUUAUUUUGGUGUCAAGAGCGAUAGUCUUGACAAAAGCCAGAUAACUCUUUUCAAAGAUUUCUUCGACGUUCAGAUCGGAGCAUAUACCCAAUGCGAGCAUAAUGGGGACCGAACUACCUGCCGAGAUAUGGAAAGAGUCUUAGGGCCUGCAAGCUACGAACCGGAAGAUACUUCUUUGAACUACCGAUAUCUGUUCGACCUUGACGGAAACAGUAUGAGUACGCGCUUUUAUCGUCUGCUGUCACGACAGGCAGUCGUUUUAAAGCAAACCUGGUUCCAGGAGUGGCACGAUGAUCGACUUGUUCCAUGGGCUCACUAUAUACCAGUGACGAUGAGCAUGGAAGAACUUCCGGCUUUGUUAAACUUUCUCGCUAAUGACCCCGUGGGAGAGAAGCUAUCUGAAGAAAUUUCACUGGAAGGAUAUACCUGGUCACGCCAGGUCUUGAGAGAGAUUGACAUGUCUAUCUACAUAUACAGGUUGUUUUUGGAACUGACAGAGUUAUAUGGUCCUGUUGAAGCUGAUCCAAAUGGAUUUCAAGCAGUGACAAAGAGAAUCGUUUAA